UGCCGUGCGAUUUUCAACCAUGUCAAACCAAAUAUAUUCAAAUCAAUAACAGAUAAAUGAUUUGGUCUCAACUGCCUCGUCCAUCAACUUAAAUGUUAACAAAGACGGUAAUCGUCCUCAAACCAAUCAGCGAAGGAGGAAGAGAGCACCUUCCAUAGAGACAAGUGAGCAGGAAAUGUCCCACCUAGGUAGUUAGUGAUACAGGCGAUACCCUCUGUUAUGAAACGGCUGUUUGCCGCCCACGGUAAAGCAACAGGCUUCUUCGCUGUACUGAUUAUCGUCGUUGCCGCCGUUUUGAAGUAUUUUGACGACCCAGAGCCGAUUAAUUAUACCAGCAUGGCUGAGGACAUGAAGACUCUGGAGGAAAACUUCAGACUGCAGAAUAAAAGCUGCUUCGUCCUCGGUGCCUCAGGGGAGACAGGAAAAGUGCUGGUUCAAGAGCUGCUGGAGCGAAACAUCUUCUCCAAGAUCACUCUCAUCGGAAGGAGAAAGCUCACCUUUGAGGGCAAAGCACAUGAAAAUCUGGUCCAAGAGGUGGUGGACUUUGAGAAGCUUGAUGAUUAUGCGGCUGCUUUCCAGGGUCAUGAUGUUGGCUACUGCUGCCUUGGAACAACCAAGGGGAAAGCAGGGGCUGACGGAUUUGUCCGUGUGGAUCAUGACUAUGUUCUAAAAUCAGCAGAGCUAGCAAAGGCAGGAGGCUGCUCACAGUUCCACCUCAUGUCUACCAGAGGGGCUGAUAAAAAGAGCAGCUUCCUGUUGCUUAAAGUCAAGGGACAAGUGGAAGCAGACAUUGAGCCUCUGGAUUUUGACAGAUAUGCUAUUUAUCGACCAGGCGUUUUGUUGGUUGACCGGCAGGAGAGCCGGCCCACAGAGUGGCUGGCAAGGAAAGUCUUCGGUGGCCUCUCCUCUGUGUGCUCUACAUCCAUGGCCAUCCCAAUCGAAGUGGUGGCUAAGGGGAUGGUGUCCAACACUCUGCUUCAACCCGAGCAGAAGAUUGAGAUACUGGAGAACAAAGCUAUCAUCGCUGUGGGGAAAAGUGCAGGGAAAUAAGAGAGAGAAAAAAUGUAUACCAAGCAUAUAUGGAAACAACAAUGCAAGAACAUUUCCCGCCAUAAUCAUUCUUAUAUUCAUCACUAUCAUCUACUUACUCAUCUUAAACACUGAAUUUUUCGUAAUUGUCAGAAAAUCAAAGGGUGCUUCCUAUACUGUUUUCAUUCUGUUGGAUUUGUUAUAUUUAUUGUAUUUUAGUUUAAUUUCUUUGUCAUUGAACUGCCU